AUGUUGGCAGAGGAAUGGACCGCACUGAUGCUCAUAUGCCCCCUCGCGUCUUUCCGGAAGAAGAGAUACUUUCCAUUCUGCUUCAGCCUCACCAGCAAAGUGAGUGUUGUCCGAAUUUUCCCAAUGGAAAAAACAGAGUCAGAUUUGGAUCCAGAGCAGCUCCAUAUGAUGGAGACUGGUUUUUCACGGACUAUGCAAAUCGAUCCUAGAAGGUCUCGAUUCCCGUGCUCCAUCGUGUGGUCGCCACUUCCCGUCAUUUCUUGGUUCAUUCCUUUUAUCGGCCACAUUGGAAUCUGUAGAGAAGAUGGAGUCAUUUUGGAUUUUGCAGGCCCUAAUUUUGUUUGCGUUGAUAAUUUCGCAUUCGGAGCCGCUACUCGAUAUGUCCAAAUCCCUAAAGAUAAGUGUUGCAUCCCUUUAGGCGAGUUGAGGACCUGGGACGAUGCUCUACUGAAAAGCACUCAAGAAUUCCAACACCGAUCCUACAGUCUCUUUACAUGCAACUGCCACUCCUUUGUUGCCCAUAACUUGAACAGGCUCACCUACCUGUCUAGCAGAUGGAAUGUGGUGAACCUUGCAAUUUUCAUUUUACUCAGCGGCCGCUGGGUCAACAAAACAUCUAUGCUGCGAACCAUUUUACCAUUUCUGCUUGUUUUUUUUCUUGGACUCACAUUCGGAGGCUUCACUUUCUUCAAAUUUUGGUUCUUAUUCACUUCGCUUCUAAUUGUUAUUCAUCAACAUCAUGGAGCAUGUGGUAUCUUCCUCUUAAAAGCUCAACAUCAUGGCAAACUCUUAAAAAGUAUAUUCGAUAUGGUUUUUUUUACUGAUAUUAUCUUUUACACGACAACCAGUAAAAAUGUAAAGCAAGGACAUGUAGAUUUGGUGUCGCCGCAAGAUGUUGGGUUCUACCAUUACGUAGAUCUUGAGUUGGUGGACAAAUUUUUUUCUUUUGACAGUGUAGAGAAGGUGGAUGAGGCUCAAAUAGAAGUGGACCCUUCUUUUGAUUGA